AAAUUUCGCCUCCACGUGUUUUUGGUAGUCCUAUUCGCCAGUGCGGCCUUUUUAGAAUCAAAACAUCUUGGAAAAUACAGAAAAAUCAUGGAUCCUGGAGUGUGUUACAUCAAACCAGAAUAUCUCAUUGAAGUGCUGAGGAAUACGGAGGUGAAAUUGGGCGAGUUCCCGGAACAGCAUGAUUUGGAGAAGAAAGCCGAUAAGAAGAAAGAUAAGAAGCGUGGACAGAAUAAGAAUCGUCCUGCGCCUUACAAAGUGAAAAGAGAGUCACAAUUGUGCAGUAGUUUGGUCAAUGGGGAUCCUACAUCUUCCUGCUCCUAUCCCAAUUGUGUCUACUUGCAUGAUGUGAAGAAGUACCUCGAGGAGAAGCCCAAAGAUAUUGGAGAAAGUUGCUAUAUCUACAGUCAGACUGGACACUGUCAGUAUGGCUUGACUUGCAGGUAUGCAGAGAGUCAUUUGGACGAGGAAAAGAGGAAUUUGGGAGUGAAAGAUGGCAUUAGGAAACCUUUCACAUUUGUGGAUACUGAACUUCUGACACUCCUGCGCAAAAGACAGUACAAUCUCGACCGGAGUCGUAGUAUUGUGGCUGAAGUGGAGAAGAGGAAGAAUGAAGGAUAUACUCCAGACACUGACUUGAUACCAGAGAGACCGUGCGAGAAGCGACGAAUAGAUUUCCGGGAUAAACUCUUCCUGAGCCCCCUGACAACAGUGGGAAAUCUCCCUUUUAGGCGCAUCUGCAAGGAAUAUGGGGCAGAUGUGACAUGCGGGGAGAUGGCAUGUGUUGUGCCACUUCUUCAAGGGGCUAAGCAGGAAUGGGCACUGACUAAGAGGCAUCCCUCGGAGGAUAUCUUUGGUGUUCAGAUUUGUGGAAAUAAAGCCAAUUUGGUGGCUGGAGCUACACAAAUCCUCAUGGAAAAGGCAAAUGUGGACUUUGUGGAUCUCAAUCUGGGAUGUCCGAUUGACUUAAUCUACAGACAGGGUGCAGGAAGUGCCCUGAUUCGGCGACAGAAUGUCCUGGAGGGAAUUGUGAGGAGUUGCUCGGCAGUUCUGAGGGACAAACCCUUCACAGUGAAGACGAGAACUGGAGUCUACGCGGACAAAAGCGUAGCUCAUGAAUUGGUGCCGAAAUUUGAAGCCUGGGGAGCUAGUUUGGUUACGGUUCAUGGGCGUUCCAGGGAACAGAGGUAUACGAAGAAUGCAGACUGGAAGUACAUCGAAGAGUGUGCUAAGCAAGCAAAGGAGAUCCCUGUGAUAGGGAAUGGGGAUAUUCUAAAUUUUGAAGAUUACUUAGAAGCCAGGGAGAUUGCUCCACAUAUUUCAGGGGUAAUGAUUGGUCGAGGGGCCCUGAUAAAACCGUGGAUUUUUAAGGAAAUCAAGGAGCAACGUCACUGGGAUCCUUCGGCUUCAGAGCGCUUUGAAAUGAUGAAGAAAUUUGUCAACUAUGGGCUUGAACAUUGGGGAAGUGACACAAAGGGAGUCGAGACGACAAGGAGAUUUCUGUUGGAGUGGCAGUCAUUUCUGUACAGGUAUGUUCCCUAUGGUUUACUUGAGCAUCCUCCGCAGAAAAUCAAUGCCAGACCGAACACAUAUCGCGGUCGAGAUGAUCUUGAAACUCUGAUGGCUUCCAAUAAUUGUGCAGAUUGGAUUGUGUUGAGUGAGAGACUUUUAGGGCCAGUUCCUGAGGGUUUUCACUUCCUGCCAAAGCACAAAGCAAACUCUUACUGAUAACACUGUGGGGAGAUUUUAUUUUUGAGUCAAUAAAUGAUGGGAGUUUCUAUUGAA